AUGAUCCGCGAGACCGGCGCUAUUCAACUAUCAUAUCCACCCGUUCGCCCACGAACAGUUCGAACCGUGGCAUCAAUCACGAAAGUAAAGAAUCGAUUAAAACGGAGAAAAGUGGUAUCAUCGAGAAAAUUGUCGUCUGAAUUGGAUAUUUCUCGAACAAGCAUGAGACAAAUACUCAAGAAUGACUUGGGAUGCCGUGGCUACAAGAAAAUAGUUGAACCACUGCUCACUGAUGCUCACAAAGCCGGAAGAAAAAAGUUUACAAAUUGGAUUCGAAAUAAUUUUCGAAAAGAACAAACAAUGAAAAUCCUUUUUUCGGAUGAAAAAAUAUUCGAUACUAACGGUGUUUACAAUUCUCAAAACGAUCGAAUAUGGGCGGUAGAUCGAGCUGAAGCUGAUAAAAAUGGUGGAAUUAAACAACAACAAGGAUUUCCGCAAAAAGUGAUGGUUUGGUUGGGGGUAUGUUCAAAAGGCGUUACCCCAUUGGUAAUUUUGGACACAGGGACGGUAGAUCAUGUUCGAUACAUCAAAGAAGUCCUUCCUGUGGCUUUGAAAUAUGGAAACAAGGUUUUUGGAGAUGACUGGACAUUUCAGCAGGACAAUGCACCAGCUCAUAAAGAUGAAGAAACACAAGAAUGGUGUCGAAAACAUUUACCGUCAUUUAUUCCAAGGGAACGGUGGCCUGCCAAUAGUCCCGAUCUUAAUCCUUUAGACUAUUGUAUUUGGGACGAAUUUGUUACGGCUAUCAAAUGGAACAAAGUGACAUCAAAAAGAACUCUGAUUGAGGAAUUGAAGCGGGCGGUAAAAAAAAUUAGACAAGAAGUUAUUUUAGAAAGUUGUGAAUCUUGGACCGUUCGUUUGUCAAAUAUUUCUAAAAACAGUGGAUGUUAUUUACGUUAA